CGUCACGACGGUCACGUGACGCGCCCUAUUAAGCACUGGGAGCUGUUCUUGGUGCUGAAACCACAUCUUGCUGCUGGGAGGGAGCUAUGAGCAGCCUGCUGCAUCCCUCUGUCUGAAACACACAGGUAGGUACUGCUCACUGCUAGGGGUGUGUGCAUGCAUUAUCAGUCCUUGCUACAUAGUCACAGAUUGAAAAUACACCACCACCAAUGGGGUUUUCUUAUUUAGUCUUUCUUUAAGGCAAACAAAAAAAUUUUUCAAUAUAUAUUGGGUAAUAGACCAUUUAUGUAGUAUUUGCUGCUAAUUUAAUAUAAGCUAGACAGAUAAAAGGCAGGAGGGGGGUGUGGGGGCUAGAAGUUAUUCCACCAGAACUGCAACUAUGAGGUAAAGAUUGAUGGGAGUUGCAGUUUCACAACAGCUGCAGGUCUUUAGACUGGCCACAUUUGUGCUUGGUGGUCUCCCUCUGCUUGAAUAUCUGGAUUUCAAUCUGCAAGUGUCUGGGGUGUAUUUAUAUUAAUUUGCCUAUGUUAAGAGUUAUUAAGUGGUUUGUGUAAUCUAAACCUUAUUUUAAAAGUAAGAUUGUUUAUAGUGUUGAUAGAAUCUUGUUUGUAGAGUUUAUAGAUCAGAUUACUAAUGAUGAUACAUGUACACAGACCAGCCUGUUGACGUGUCACAUAACAUACAUGUACACAGACCAGCCUGUUGACGUGUCACAUAACAUACAUGUACACAAACCAGCCUGUUGAUGUGUCACAUAACAUAAAGGUAAAAACAGUCCAGCCUGUUGCAGUGUCACAUAAGAAACAUAUAAACAUUUCAGCCUGUUGCAGGCAGCUGCCUAGUCUAUGUCAAUGUGCAUCACACAUAGUGCUAUGCUGUAUUAUUCAUCAACACAAUCUUGCCCACACUAAACUGCAGCUGUCAGGGAUAGCAUAUGAUUAAAAAUUAUGUAAUGAAUAUCACAGGCAGUCAAUGGAGAAACCAGUAGUGUUCCUAUAUUGCUGAAUUAAUAGGUUUUAAACAAACAUGCCAUAAUGUACCAUCCUUACCUCCUUUAAUAAAUCCAUCUUAUAAGAAGCGACAAUUUACCCCCAUCAACUGUGUAUAUAAUUUAUUGAUAGUAAGCUUAAAACAUUAAUUUCUGAUUGCUACUAUUAUAAUAUUACAGCUUCAGUAACAGCAUGUAAACAAUCCUCUGGGAUUACAUUAUAACAGCGUAUGAAUAGGGAUAGUGAGGCAAUUCAAUCGUUAUUAAUUACCUUUCCUGUGGGGGCUGACAAUGCAUGAAGGGAAAUGUAGUCCUCCGCAACGUGAGUGCCAGAAUAUUUUAAUCUGUGACACAGUAGCUGCAGCACAGUGUAUUAAUCUACUUUUAUAUUUGCCCAAGCAACAGGCAUUUGAUUUCUUAACAAACCAACACACAAAACAAAUAUAUGGUCUAUAAUUGUGAUUUUAAAGAAAUAAUUUUUUUUUUAUUCUAAUCAUUGCAAAGAAAAUCAAAACAAUAUACGCACACAGACAAGCACACAAACCCACAAACGUGUUGAUACACCUACACAUAAAGAAAAAAAUAUUCUAUACUUGUUGAUAUUACAGUAUAUAUUGUACAUAUACUUUAUAUGCCAAAACUACAUCUGCAGACCUAUUGUGUAACUCCUACAUAUUAAACAUUUUAUACACCACUGGCUAUUUUGCUUCUCUUGUUAUUCAAAAAAAAAAAAAAAUCACGCACAAGGGCGUGAUUGGCCAGUUGCCUGGGCAAUUUCAUUAAAGAUAAUCCAUUUUCCAGCUCAGUAUGAGAAGAACUGUGCUUAUUAUGUUGAAUAUUAACCCAUGUGGGAUCAGAGCGAAUAUCUUGUUCUCCAUCAGAUAAUUGCCGAUAUUCCAAUGUAGGUUAAUUCUUUUGACAAUUUGAAGAUAUGUUUGCGGUUUAAUUUUCCCCCCUUUGUAGGAGUUGGAUAAUUUGAGUUUAUGAUUCUGUGACUGUAAGAUUAACAGCGAUUAAUAAACUAUAUCUAUAUAUUUCAAAAUAGGCAGGAUUAUUUUUUGGAGGACCAGAUCAAUAAAAACUGAUUUAUCUACACAAGCAAAUCUAUAGAAAUAGUCAAAUACUAUAUGAGAACUCAUGCACAGCACACACUUCUCUGAUAGUGUUUAAAAAACAACCCAUUUAUAAAUGGGUGGGCUAGCAAUCGUAUUUGAUAAUUUAUGCUAUUUGUUCUUAUAUCACCAAGCUGUGAGGUGGGUGGCAGAAUCUCUGGUAUUAUAAGCUGGGCAUCUAAGUAAUAUCAUUAAGCUUUGGUUGCAAUUCUUUGCACCAAAUAUCAAAAAUGUUGCUUCUAAAAGCAUAUUAUUUUUUUUCACUCUGCUUGUCUUACAAAUAAUCCAGGGGUAGAGCUGUGGGGUGGUUCUGGUUGAUGUAAAAUAAUCAAAGUAAAUUGAAAUAACUGCGACAGUUUUAUAUCUCUGCAAACUACAUUUGUGCAUUUCCAUAAAUCCAUUGCCCAGAAUCUGUCCUACAGAACCUACGUACAAGGCGUGCAGAAAGUUAUUUAGAGUAACCUGCAAUCUAUAAAUACAAAGACAUUAACUGCGUUGCCAUGAGUAGAUUGAGCUAUUGCAACCAUCAGUCAAUGAAACAGAUUUAUAAUGACUGGUCUAAGUCAGACAUUUGGAAGCAGCAAGACAACACAGCAGAUUGAAUAAUAACGCAAGUAUAUUUAUAUGUUGUGGUCAUGUUGCCUUUGUAAUAUUAAUGACAUAAAAGUGCAUCAAAAGUAAUAACACUGGUAAAGUGAUAAAUAAUGUAAACCAUAUGCAACUAUUUUAGCUCCCUGACACAUAUUCAUUUAUACCUUUCUUUUUUAGGAAGCAUUGAUAAAUAUGGCAUCUCCAAGGAAUUGUUGUCUUGCAAGAUGCUUGUCCAUGUUCUUUUUAAUCCUCCUAAUGUCCUUUGCUGAUGCUGCAUCUUUUCAAUACUAUCAAGUGCCCCAACAAGAACAGGAUUACAGAGUAAAAAGCAUUCAAAGGCUGCCUAGCCCAGACAUGCUAAAGGCAUUGGAGUAUAUUGAAAACCUCAGGAAACAAGCAAGUAGAACGGAAAGUAUCCCAGACUAUCCCUCCUAUCAAAGCGCACCAUACCUUUCAGAGCUGAAAGACACCAAUGUACAGACACUUUCACCAGACAGUGCCAAAAACCCCUCCAUAGAUGAUGAGUCCGAAUGGAUGAGAGCUAUGUUGGAAGCCCUCAUGCAAGCAGAAAAAGAAGCUAAAAUAUCUCCCCAAGAAAAAAGCAAGCCAUUCAGUGGCAUUAUGGACAAAAACAUUCCCGCAGAGUUGAUUGAGGACUAUGAAUCAAACAAGUGGCCAGAGAAAAGACCUAAAAGUGGCAAGUACCCUGCAAAGUACUACGAGGAUUACUCUAGAGACAGCCCACUGAAGCGUACUAAUGAAAUUGUGGAAGGUCAAUACACUCCUCAAAAUCUAGCUACAUUGCAGUCUGUCUUCCAGGAACUAGGGAAAUUGAAAGGUCAAGGCAAUCAUAAAAGAGACCGUCUUGAAGAUGACCAAAAACUUUAUAAAGAUGAUGAGGAUGACCUCUAUAAAGCCAACAAUAUCGCAUAUGAAGAUGUGGCUGGAGGGGAAGACUGGAAUCCAAUAGAGGAGAAGGUUGAGAGUCAGACUCAAGAGGAACUGAAAGAGAGCAAGGAAGAGUUGGAAAAAACAGAUGAUAUGGAGGAGGAGAUGAAACGAUCUGGACUCCUUGGUUUACAGGAGGACGACUCAGAGAAAGAUAAUAAAGAGUUGGAAUCUGAGAAUUUGUCAAACCUGAUGAACUACUACUUAAGGUCAUUGAUGAACAGAAUGGAAAAGGGUAAACAAAAUGCAGAGAAACGGUCAGCAAAGUACUCAGGAAAAGACCUGGACCCUGAUGCUAUUUAUCAACUUAUAGACAUAUCUAGAAAUUUACAAAUCCCACCUGAAGAUCUUAUUGACAUGUUGCGGGAUGAUGAUGGCAGGAAGUAUGGUGGAAGACUAGAAUCCGAGAAGGAAAUAGAGGUGCCUGAUGAUUUGGAUGAAAUAUCUGAAACCACAGUGGGAAAGGUGGAUGUAAUUAAAAACAAGCAGGGUUUUGUGAAGCAACCAUCAAGUUCCUCAUUGCCUAAUAUUCCUGAAGACCUGACAAUGGAGGAUAUGAUGGCUCUCUUAGGUGCAGAUAAGGUGCCGAAUAAAAAACCUGGCUUUCUCAAUCAGUUCAAUCAAAAAAAUGGUUUGUCAAGAUCUUAUUCAAUGCUAAGCAGACCUAAAGGACACAAAACUUGGCUGAAUGACUUUGAUAAGAGGCAAAUGGAGUAUGAGCCAAGGUCCGACAAGGAGGAAGAUUUAGCAGAAUACAUGGUAAAGAUGCUUACCAAAUACCCAGAACUGCUGGGAAACAACCAAAACAAAAAGUUAGCAUCCCUCUACCCACCAGGUGAUAUGCAGGAGCUUGAAAAGCAGUAUGAGAAGGCAUUGAGGGGUUAUCUCAACCUUAGAGGUCUCCAGGACUUAGAGACUUUGUCCAAGGAUAACAGAAGGCUCCAUACAGCCAGGGAGAGUGACGACACACAGAGCAAACCGUAUCCUGAUGAGGACAUGCUUAUGAAGGUCUUAGAAUACCUGAACCAAGAAAAAGCAGACAAAGUGAGAGAUCACAGUGUAAAAAGAUCUAUAGAAAAUAUGUAGCCUGUUUGUGUUAACCACCUAUCUGUAAAUUCUAUUUAUUUUCUUUCUUGGUUUGUUCUAGCUUUGACUAAGGUGGACAGAACUACAGUAUCUGUUCCACUACUGGGCAUGAUCAUCUGAUUUUCCAGUUAUGGGGUACACAAAUACAUUUUUUAUUUUUACAUGUCCAUUUCCAUGGCGACCUUGUUUUUGAUACUUAAUGAAAAAUGAAUAGUUUACAAAAGCUGAAGGUUCUUUUUCCUGAAGUUUAGGAUGAUCAGUUGAAGAUUUGUACUGUUUGGAGAAUCAUUGUUUAUGUAAUGCUGAAGUUGUUAAGUCCAUGCUAAGCUCUAUAAGGAACAACAGCUGUUCUGCUAUCUAACAAUGAAGUAGUCUUAUUAUAUAGAAGUGAUGCAUUAACAGCUCUGUGCAUUGCGGAAGCUAGAUGGUUGGGGGACAUGUUUAACUCAUGGAACUGACCAUAUCUCUUCAAGAUGCUUGUUGCAUCAUUACAAAGCGAUGCUUUCUAAUUAAAGUGUGUCCAUUUAAUUUUAGCAACAUUAUUUUAAUUCCUUUAUUUUAGUCUUCUGAGCAAAUACCGGAAUUACCUAUUAAACCUUUUAUAUUUUGUUAUGUAAUUACACAUUUAAUUGAGAGUACACUUAGAUCAGUAGAAAGACUCAGCUCUAUCGAGUUCAAUCUUCUAACCAUCCAAGUUUUUGCCCUUAAUCUGAAAUAGGUAAAUUGUCAUAUUCCAAUCAUAUUCGUUAGGGAAGCUUCUAAAGACAGAAAGUGUACAUUAUUAGUACAUUAAUUCAAUUAGUAAUUAAGAUGGCAACAUUGCCUGGAGAAAAUACAUGCCUGAUAUAUCAGAAUCUUUAAUCUAUCUAAUGUCACUGCCAAAGAUGUCAUAUUUUCUUAAUAAGUGCCAAAUAUGGACUUAACACAUUCAUAAACAUUGUACUUCCCAUCCUUCUGCUUGCUAAAAUAUUGUGCUUACUGUAGCUCUACAGCAGGAAAGUUAAAGGAAGUAUGACUUAUUCUGUGAAUGCAAGAUAUCACACAAAGUUCCAUUUACAAACAUCUAGAAUUAUGACCAGAUUUGGCACAUCAACAUCGGAUGAAGCUGGGCCAACAAAUGUGCCAUAAAUGUCCUGUUAUGUAACUUAAUCCUUGCUUCUAUUACAGAUGAGUUCGUUUGUAGAUCUCCUUGAUGGGGCAUUUGUCUAUACUGCAAGCUGUACUAUAAUAUUGCCAUGUGGUAUUAGAAGCAUUGCUAUAUACAUCUGUUGUUAGAUGACUGUAGCAACGCACGUUAUUAGCAGUACAACACACACAAAACAGCACUAGUAAGAACUGUUUAAAUCACAAAUUUAAUUUAAUGAGGUGGUGAAAACACAAUAAAAAUAAUGACAUUGAGUCUUAAUAUGUUCCAAAUAUUAGGGCUACUUCAGUAGAGAUCUCACCACAUGUUCCUCAUUUUUGCAUUGCUUUGAUUGUCCAGCUUCUGCCUAGGGCCGUUUGGUCGUUCUCUGUGCAGGCGGAAUGUUGCCAUACUUGGCUACUCCAGUAAGUCACAGUCACUUUAAGCCAUCUGCUUAAAACAUGUAUUAUGAAUACAGCACAUUUCAUUUCACAGAUUACACGUCUCCUAUGUUCUAUACUAACAUUUCUGAGAGCUUUUUCCUUUGAGAUUUUCAUAACUGGAAUUGUAAUUUUUCUUUUUUGUUUUUUGUUUUUAUUUCUUUUUUUUUAAAACCAUUGAACUAUUUUGUUACUGUUUAUUGUGUAAGAUGUGGUAUUGUAAAAAAAUAAAUAAAGCAUUCUGUAUAUUUG